AUGCUUCUACUAAACAUCUUCUUCGCACUCCUCUUUCCCUCAGCUCUGAGAGCACGCCCCGUAGCCACUGCUGUUCUGCCACCUAGUCUACAGACCUCCUCUCACCUGGUUUUCCAGUUCGACAACGGCACCUGGGUCGAAAACAUCGCCGUUCGCUCGAACGGAAAUCUGCUCGUCACACUUGUCGAUCGACCCGAACUUUACCACGUCGAUCCAUUCCACAACACCGCAACACUCGUUACAAACCUCGAAGGCGAGGCCCACGCUCUCAGUUUGCUUGGUAUCACGGAGAUGGCUCCCGACAUCUUCGUCUUCGUCGCUGGCAAUUUUUCGAUUUCUCGAAGCGCACCAGAUCCAGCAAGCUAUUCGGUAUGGCAAAUAGACUUCAACCGUGGUGGGGAGUGCGAAAAAAUCUCAGAAAUCGAAAGACUACCAGAAGCAAGCUUUUUGAAUGGUAUGACGGCGUUGGAUCGUCGCGAAGGCACGGUUCUGAUCUCAGACUCGGUUCGAGGCGUCGUCUGGCGUUUGAACAUAUGGACUGGAAAGUACGAAGUGGUACUGGAGGAUAUGACGAUGAAGCCGGUCCAAAAUGUACCUCUCAUCCUGGGUAUCAAUGGAAUCCGAAUCUUCCAGGGCUACGCGUACUACGUAAACGCAAUCAAAGGGCUAUUCUGCCGCACGCGUAUCGAUCUGUCCACAGGAAAGGCGUCCGGGCCAUACGAGAUUCUCGCAACCGACGUGUUUGGAGAUGACUUCAUAAUGUCGAAAGAAGGGGUCGCGUUCAUCACCGAGAACGGCGAAAACUCGUUGGUAAGAGUGGAUGCCGGUGGAACUCGAAGCUUGGUUGCGGGAGGAGUUAAUUCAACAUUGAUUGCGGGCGCAACUUCAGCUGCCUUUGGAAGAACAUGGAUAGAUCAAGACAUACUCUACGUGACGACAGCGGGAGGUCAAGCCGCCCCUGUCAAUGGCACCUAUACCGAGGCCGGGAAAAUCGUCGCUAUCUAUGUCAAAAAUACAUAA